AUGGGUUACUAUUGGCCUAUGAUGGUGCAAGAUUCCAUGGAGUAUGCUAAGAAGUGCGAAGCUUGGCCAUUACCAAAAUCAUCCGGUGGCCAUUUGUACAUCCUGGCUGCAGCUGAUUACUUCUCAAAAUGGGCAGAAGCUGUGCCUCUUAGGGAGGUGAAGAAAGAAACGGUGGUCAAUUUCAUUCAAACUCAUUUGAUCUAUCGGUAUGGUAUCCCUUGUUAUAUCAUAACUGAUAAUAGCAAACCGUUCUAUAAUAGGCUGAUGAUGGAGCUAUGCAAGAAGUUUGGAUUUAAAAAAUACAACUCCUUCAUGUACAAUGUCCCGGCAAAUGGACUAGCUGAAGCAUUUAACAAAACACUCGGCAGUUUGUUAAAGAAGGUGGUAUCCAAGACAAAGCGAGACUGGAACAAAAGAAUCGGAGAAGCGUUAUGGGCAUAUCGAACAACAUUUCAUACGCCUACUCAAGCGACGCCAUAUUCUCUUGUUUAUGGAGUGGAAGCCAUCCUUCCCUUAGAACACCAAAUCCUAUCAUUACAGAUUGUCAUUCAAGAAGAGUUGACUGAAGAAGAAAAUUUCAAACUCAAAUUGCAAGAAUUAGAGGCACUUGAUGAGAAAAGGCUUGAGGCACAACAACGCCUUAUGUGCUAUCAAGCUCGUCUUUCAAGCACAUUCAAUAAAAGAGUCAAACCACAAUCAUUCCAAGUUGGUGACUUAGUCCUCGCCAUUCGAGGACCUAUCAUCACAACUCACCAUACAGGCAAUAAGUUCAUUUCAAAAUAG